UUUCGGGUGCUGUGCAGGUGAAGACGCGUUGGUGUCUGGGUAAUGUAGUCCUUAAGCAUUACUGUACCAUAACAAUCGGAUGAAGUGACAACUACAUUUCCCAAAAGUCACGCGCUUAAUCCCGCCUCUCAGCCAACAGCCGGUUAGAAGCACAGCACCGCUGUCAGAUUUGUACAGUAAUGGCGAAAACAACAUUCAAAUGUGUUGAAUGUAAUGAAGAUGCGUCAGAAUUAUACCGAGAUUACAGCAACGGGAUACUCAAGAUUACAAUAUGUAAAUCAUGUGCAAAGCCAGUGGACAAGUACAUCGAAUAUGAUCCCGUCAUUAUUCUGAUAGAUGCCAUACUGUGCAAAGUGCAGGCAUUCAGGCACAUCCUGUUCAACACGGAGAUAAACAUCCACUGGAAGCUGUGUGUUUUCUGUCUCCUGUGUGAAGCGUAUCUGAGGUGGUCACAGCUUCAGGGUUCGGACGUGACCAGUGAUCCCACCGACAUCAUCAGAUACACUAAAGAAUGGGAUUUCUACAGCAUGUUCGCUCUGGCUGCACUUGAGCUGGCUGUGUACUGUGCAGGUGUAUUUGCAGCAUUAUGGCCCGUACAGAGGUUUUAUGGUUGCUCUAUGCAGUUUGCUGAUCUGCUGAAAGCUCUGCUGCUGUCCUGCUACGGAAAAGUGCUGCUGAUACCUGCAGUGAUCUGGGAACAUGAUUAUUCUCCACUCUGCUUCUCUCUCAUCCGCCUGUUCGUCCUCACCUCCAACACACAGGCUAUACGGGUCAUCCUGAACUGUCGGAGACGACUCUCCAUCUUUGCUGUGUUGGUUGGCCUGUUGUUGGAGACCUGUCUGUCUUACACUACUGACACACUGCAGCCCAGCACACAAACCCUCAAGCUUGUGCUUUACACCUGAACCUGCAGGGAAAAAAUUCUGAUCGGAUGCAAAAGUGAGUCGACAGCAAUGGCUUCUGUCCAUGUCUUCAUCCUCCCACUGUCACUCAUGCCACUGCGAGCUAUAGUGGUUCAUUUGUGAGGGGUGCAACACUGCACUCUAAAGGAAGGAUUGGAAGGAACGUGUGUAUAUGACUCUUAAAGGACUGUGCAGUUUGUUUAUGAGAGCAGAACAGAAUGUGCUGACAGUCAGCUAUAAGAUAUGUCGGAGAUAACGCCCAACAAAGUGAUCUGAUGUAAGAAUCUCUCUGCUGCCUUUGGGUCCGCCCGAAAUGUGCGUGCUCCAAACAAAAUAAAGCAGACUACGCCUCUG